AUUGUGAGCUCUACAUGCAUAUAUAUUAUCUGAGUAUUUAAAUUAAAAUAAUGAGAACGAAUGAGCACUUGUUGUGGUCUCUCUUGAGAUCUAUAAAACCGGCGUUAACCAGCCUGUUUCCACCUCCCCUACUCUCACUCUCAUUUACAUAACUUAUAACUUAGAGCUACAUCUCAAUUCUCAAGUUUUCUUUUUCUCCUUUAUUUCUUGGGUAAUUUAUUUUUAUCAUCGAUGCUCUAAAUUGCCUGUCCAUGUCUCCUGUUGUGACCGAAGUUCUUCUUUCUGGGUUUAUUGUAAACUCAACUCUUCGCCGUAGAACCCAUUUAGUUCAAUCUUUCUCCGUUGUCUUCCUUUACUGGUUCUAUGUCUUCUCGUAAACACAUAAUUGAUAAUCUUCACUACUAUUACUUUAAUUAAUCUCCAUCCUCUUCUUAUUGUUUAUUUUAUAUCAUUAUUAAUUAUCUAUCUGUAAACUAUUAUUAUUUGUCCUAUAUCUUCGAAAUGGCAUCUUCAAGUGGAGUUUCGUCUGGGUCGACCAAUGGCGGCAUCCGACCCUCAAUAGGGUCGGAAGAUGACCUAGAGGUGGAGAGGAAACGUCGGAGGAUGCAAUCUAAUCGAGAAGCGGCUCGACGAUCUCGAAUCCGCAAGCAAAAACAUUUAGAUGAUCUUACUGAUCAGAUUAGUCAACUCAAGAACCACAACAAUGAGAUGGCAACGAAUAUGACUCUGAUGAUGAGUCUAUGCAUUAGUUUGGAGGCUGAAAACUCGAUCCUCCUAGCCCAAACGGCGGAACUGACAAACAGAUUAAAGUCUUUAAAUAGUAUCAUAAAAUUUAUAGAAUCUAUGGAAGUUUUAGAGAAAACAUUUUCGUAUGAGAUUGAGGAUUUCAAUAAUGGUUUUGAGGAGGAAGAUUAUUGCAACCCUUGGAGAUAUCCAUUUGCAAAUUAGAAAUACCAAUCGAUCAUGGGAGACGAAUGGGGAACACAUAUAUGAAUCAUUGUUGAUAAAGAUUGAUGUGAGUGUAUGUGACGUGUGUUUGGGAGCCUUAAUAACAUGCCUCCAAAGUCGAACCAACAAAACAAGUGUUUAUUUUCUUUCUUCUUUUUUGGUUCGUAAUAUCCCUCAUUUAUAUGUAUAUCAAUCUGCAAAAGAUCAUUACUGUGUUAUUUGUUUCAAUCCGUUGAGAUCAAUUAUACCUUGAAAAAUCUUAAAAA